CGUUUAGAUAUAAACCUGCCGUUUCCAGAGUCCAAGAGUCAGCUUCUGAAACGCAAACUCUCCCCUGUUUCAUUCAAGUCUCCAAUGGCAACUUCCAACGUGAAACAAACUCUGGGCAACCUAAAUGAGGAAUCUUUUGUGUCACUUCUAACAAAGAUCAUAGGAGAAUCUAUGUUCCUUCAAAACAACCCUCCGGAACUGAUCCCAGAAGAAGACAGGGUAGUUAAGCAUGUGCUAGAUUGUCUCCUCCCUUACAGUACAACAACUGGAGCAGGACCUUUGGUUGUUAACCAUGUUACUUAUUUCCCUGGAAGAGGCAAUCUCAUUGUGGAGUAUCCUGGGACUGAGCCUGGGAAGAUCUUGUCUUUCGUUGGGAUGCAUAUGGAUGUUGUCACUGCCGAUCCCAAUGAUUGGGAUUUUGAUCCUUUCUCAUUAAGCAUUGAUGGUGAUAAACUUCGUGGCCGUGGAACUACUGAUUGUUUGGGACAUGUUGCCCUUGUAACUGAACUCAUGAGGAGACUUGCUGAGAUAAAACCGAAACUAAAAUCAACUGUUGUUGCAGUUUUUAUAGCCAAUGAAGAGAACUCUGCAAUAACCGGAGUUGGUGUUGAUGCACUGGUGAAAGAUGGUCUGCUUGAUAAGCUAAAGGGAGGCCCCCUUUUCUGGAUUGAUACAGCGGAUAAACAACCUUGCAUUGGUACUGGUGGUAUGAUACCCUGGAAACUUCAUGUGACGGGGAAGCUUUUUCACAGUGGUUUAGCACACAAGGCUAUAAAUCCAUUGGAGCUAGGCAUGGAAGCACUUAAGGAAAUCCAGCUACGGUUUUAUAAAGACUUUCCACCCCAUCUGCAGGAGCAAGUAUAUGGAUUUGCUACACCAUCAACCAUGAAGCCAACACAAUGGAGUUAUCCAGGUGGUGGAAUCAAUCAAAUACCUGGAGAGUGUACAAUAGCGGGAGAUGUCAGGUUAACUCCUUUCUACAAUGUAAAAGAUGUAAUGGAGAAGCUACAAGAAUAUGUAGAUGACAUAAAUGAAUAUACGGACAAGCUAGACACACGGGGUCCAGUUUCAAAAUAUAUCCUACCUGAUGAAAACCUUAGAGGAAGCCUUACACUGACUUUUGAUGAGGCUAUGUCUGGAGUUGCUUGUGAUCUUGAUUCUCUCGGCUUCCAUGUAUUGUGCAAAGCAACUUUAGAGGCAGUUGGACAUGUGAAGCCUUACUCGAUUACUGGAAGUUUGCCACUCAUUCGGGAGCUGCAAGAUGAAGGUUUUGAUGUUCAAACUGCUGGUUACGGUUUAAUGGCCACGUACCAUGCCAAGAAUGAGUAUUGCCUUCUUUCCGAUAUGUGCCAAGGCUAUCAAGUUUUUACCAGUAUCAUCUCCCAGUUAGAGGAUUGAGACAAAGCAUUAGACAUUAACUAGCUAAGGAUCAUAUCAUAAUCAUUCCCCCAUAAGUGAUGCGACAUAAUCAUAUGUCAUUUGAUUAGCUUAUAUAAUAAAUGUUACGAGGUAGGCCCCGAUCGCACAAUGUUUACUGUUUGUUUGUUUAAUGUGGAUUUUGCUCGUUUGGUUUCUAAAAGCACCCAUUUUUAUCUAUUUCUGUUGUUCUUUCGGCCUUCGGCUGAGUUGUUAUGUAAGAAAACUGGCUCAAGAUGAAGUUAGCAAGCAGUGGGGCAAGGAGGGAGGUUUCUUUGUCCUUUGAAAAUGGAAAAGUGGUCGCCUUCUUUAUACAACGUAUUUUUACAGUA